UUACAAAUUUUUUAGUUUUAGUAAGCAUAAAGUUGAAGAUAUAUCGACGGAAAAAACAUCAAAAAAUAUUAUGGAAGGAGUUAAAAUUGAAGAAAAUAUAAAAGAAGAAAGGAGAUGGAUGACUACGUGGGCGACUUGUCGAUUUCGUCAAUAUAAAAGACCUCCUUCUUCUUCCCCUUCUUUUCUUCUCUUCUUUCCCUCCUUCUUCACCACUCCUCCCCCCAAUACUCCUUCCCCUAACCCCCUAUUAUUCUUCCUUCACUUUUUAGAUUCUCUGACUAGCUAGACAUAAUCUUCCUUUCUCUCUCUCCUUCCUUUUGGCUCUUGUACAAAAGGUCGUUUCUUAAAAGGUCGCUUUCUUAAAAGGUCGAUUCCACAAAAGAUCUACCAGGGUCAGAAUCAGGGUUGUCGGAUCAGAAUAUCCAGAUCCAGAAAAUCAAUUCGGAUAUCGGGUCGAGAUAUACGGGGAUGUCAAGGACCAGACAACCCUAGUCAGAAGAUUGAUUCCUUAAAAGGCCGACUCGGCCAAACUUUAAAGAAUCGACGUUUUACCAAUUUUGGUCGUGACGAUCUUUAAUAGACGACCUUUUGAACAGCAGACUUCCCACUUCCCAAUGUUUUUCUCCUUUCAUUUCCCCUUUCUUUCAAAAUUUCUUUUCUUCCUCUUUUUUUUAUUUUUUCCCCAUUCCUUCAUAGAGUAUUUUCAUUUCCCCCAUUAUUUUCAUCUCCCCUUCAUCCAUUCAACAUCUUAACUACCAAGCGGGUAAAGGAAAAUAUAGUACGUUGACAACCCUCCAACUUUCUCUUCUUCAUCUUUUUUCUUUCUUUUCUUCCUCUAUUCUUCUCUUCAAUUGAUUAGAAAAAAAAGAGAGUGUGCCAGCUAUCCUAAAAAUAAUUUCUUUUUGGCCAAAUACAAAAAAAAGAGAAAAUAAUAAAUGUUGAUGAAAGGGAGAGGAGGUUCUAUGAAAAAAAAAAUUAAAAACGUAAAAAAUC